UCUCUCUCUCUCUCUCUCUCUCUCUCUCUCUCUCUCGCUUUACCACUACUCUUCUUCUCUUUAAUAACAGAAGAAUCCCUUUCUUUUGUGGUGUUUUUCAUUUUAAUGGCCCAAGAUCUUGAGAAUGUGACAUAUGAAGAGGAAUUCAUAUCGAAUCCUCGUGGAUUGAAGCUUUUCACAUGUCGAUGGACGCCGAUUCAAGACCCAAAGGCAUUGAUCUUUCUAUGCCAUGGAUACGGCAUGGAGUGCAGCAUAUCAAUGAAAGGCACUGGAAUCCGACUCGCGAAAGCUGGUUUUGCGGUGUAUGGUAUUGAUUACGAAGGCCAUGGAAAAUCAUCGGGCUUGGAAGGUUACGUCCCAAGCUUUGAUGAUCUUGUCAAUGACUGCUCUGAUUAUUUCACAAGCGUCUGUGAGAAAAAAGAGAAUAAAAAGAAGUUGAAAUAUCUACUAGGAGAGUCGAUGGGAGGAGCGGUUGCACUUCUCCUACACCGAAAAAAGCCUAAGUAUUGGGACGGUGCCGUUUUGGUUGCACCCAUGUGCAAGAUUGCUGACGAAUUGAAGCCUCAUCCUAUUGUAAUCAACAUCUUGAAUAAGCUCUGUAGGAUUAUUCCAACAUGGAAAAUCAUUCCAACUCAAGACAUCAUAGACAUUGCUUUUAAGGAGCCUCAAGUGAGAGAGGAGGUUAGAUCCAAUCCAUAUUGCUACAAGGGAAGGCCGCGCUUGAAAACAGGAAAUCAGCUUCUCAUGGCCAGCUUAGAGAUAGAAAAGAAUCUGGACCAGGUAUCAUUGCCGUUUAUCAUCGUUCACGGUGGGGAUGAUACUGUAACAGAUCCAUCAGUGAGCAAAUUGCUCUACGAAUCUGCAGCGAGCACUGAUAAGACGUUUAAGCUAUAUCCGGGCAUGUGGCAUGCACUCACGUCCGGCGAACCGCUGGAAAACAUUGAGCUUGUGUUCUCGGACAUCAUUGGAUGGUUGGAUGAAAGAACGAUAGGUGGAAAUUCAAAUUCCGAGAGGGACCGGAAAGCUCAGCAUGAUUAUCAGUUCCUACAUUCGCAGGGCGAGAAGACGAUUGUCGUGGCGUAAGAUAAUUGGCGAUGAUGGAAGAAGAUUGCUAGUUUGGUAGACCAUUUGAUGAUGUGGGGCCCACAUAAAUGUCCCAACCCAUAGCUUGGAGUGGUUGCAUAUAAGUGAAAGAGGAGUGGUCCAUGGUUUAUAAUAGUUCUGUGAAUAAAUUAAAGUGUUUGUCUUAUAGCUUAUAUUUUUAAAUUGAGAAAAUAUAUAGUACUUCUCUAUC